ACAAAAAUGGAAUUUCUCGCAUCAAAAUCAUUACAUCUUUAAGAAAAAACGUCACCCUUAUUCAUUUUGGGAAACAAAUUACUAUCACAUUUUUUAUACUUAUCAAAAUUGAAUGAUUAUUGAUUCCUUUGGGGAAAAGAGAAGAAAUUAAUCAUGAGAAUACCAUUUUUUACGGACAAUUCUAAACAUCCUCCCAUUAUCAAAAUUGAAGUUGUAAAUUCUGGAAGUUUAAUCCGGGAUAUUCAUGAAAGGAGAAGCUUUUCUAAUUUCAGGAAAGAAAAAGGUGGUAUUAACUCAAACAACUCCGGCCAUAAGGAAAAAAACUGUAGACCUGAUUUAACCACACUUUACGACGCAAAUGAAAAUGGCACGAACGACUGUUCGAAUCCACGCAGACAUGAACUAACCCUGAAAUCCCCGCUCAAAACUCAUUCUUCUAACUCUUCCAGCAUUAUUUUAUGCUCGGCCGAGCUAGAUGCAAACCAUCAGAAUAUCAACAAUAUAAAUAACCCAUCCAAUUCAAAUAACUAUGUAUCUAAUAAAGAACAUCACAAAACGCUCAACCAAAAAAUGAAAAAGUUGACCACAAACCUGGGAAACACCCUGCCAAAUCUAUUCCACGGGCCUCUGAAUAAAAGACGCCAUAAAAGUGUCACUAAAAGUAUCGAUGAGAAUCAUUUCGAUCAUGAAGUUACAGAGGAAAGAGAUGAAUCGAAGAAAGGUAAGGACGAUCUAUCCCCAUCGUCAAAACUUAUUGGUGAAAGUGGUGGAGGUAAGCUAAGUCAGACCGACACUUCCAACGGCACAAAAAACUAUGCUCUGAGCAAGAUGAGAUGGGGCAGCCUGGGCCGGGAUCAGAUUAAGAAAGCUUCCAAGAACAAUCACUGCAAAGAAUCAAAGGAUGAUGGUUACGAGAGAGUAAAAAAUGGGUCUGUGAAGCUUAUAAAUGUUGUUAGUAAAAAAGGUAACGAUAAAUCGCGCGAACCACCCUGCGAUGAUAUAGGUUUCAUAGACGGCGGCGAUGGUAGUUCUAUUACAGUUGGAAAAUCGCACGAGAAGGAGUACUUGGUAAACAGUGGUUAUAUUGUAAAAGAUGGGAAAAAUUAUGCCGAUAUCAAAAGUUACAGAAGUUACAAAGAAGCAAAAAAUGAUCAUUCAGCUGGCACUAAAUAUAGGUCGUUGUAUUCAAACGCGACUACUAUAAAUCGUAGAGACCUUAAUCACGAAGGAAGAGAUGACGAGCAACCGAAGAUAUUAAGGGCCAAAAUAGUGAACUCCCCACCAAUUUCCACCUCAACUCGAAGCCUGAUAUCUGUUUCUCCUGCAAAAGAAAUUAUCAGACCCAAGAUAUCCUACAUUGUACCAGCUCGUAUCAAUACCUUGACGUUACCGGAUAAGUGUAGUAACGAUACCCUGCAUAAUUAUAAAGAUCAAGCUGAUUAUUUUAAUAAUCAUAAUAAAGGUCUAUACGAAAUAGACGAAAAUACUAAUUUGUCACCUCUAAGACGAGAAAAUACGCUCAUAUUUAAAAAGACAAAUGGAAUGGCCGAUUCUGACGAUUAUCAAAACCACAGGGUAUCUCCGCAAGAUCGUUCCAAAGGUAGGACUACUAACAUUUAUCUCAACCAAAAUAGCAAGCCACUGUAUUUCGUCCCAUUGCCUCGAACACCGAAUUUGACUAAUGGUAUUAGCAUGAAUAUACCUAUAAUUAAGGAUGACAAUUUAGAUAAAGACAGCUUAACCAAAUUCAACAAAUAUGAUGAUGAUUUUGGCAUGAUGUCUGAAGUUGAAACAAGCAAUACUGGUUAUUUCAAGAGAACCCAGGAUCAAAUCAAUAACUUUUCAAGGGGAAACAUUUACUCACAUUCACUUGACCGUAAAGGAAUUUACAAUCUCGAGAAACUAUUAUCUAAUAUCAUAUACUUGCGUUAUGGGAGCGAAACAAAGCGGAUAUCUGUGCCGGUAGGAGGGCUGAAAUACAUUGAAGAUGUUCGGACUCUGUUUGCUAGAACAUUUCCUAAGCACUUAACCAUAAGACAUUUGACUAAUAAUUGUAGCAUAUACAUACAAGAUAAUGAUAAUCCAAAAGACCUUUUUUACGAAUUAGACGAAAUAGGCGACAUUGUGAAUAAAUCGGUCCUCAAAAUCGUGGAAAAUAAAGAAUCCACCAAUGAUAAAGAUUCUUUGGACCAAGAAUCCGAAGAAGAUUAUGGCAUACAAACUUGCAAACUGAUGCCUGCUUCAAAUAAUUUCGAUAAAUCGAACCGCGUAAACGACGUUUCUUAUUAUUCCGAACCAGAACAUGAUUUUAGGAAAUACAGGAAAGAUAAUUAUACCGGCAGGAAUUACAUUUCUAAUUCUUAUGGAUCGAGGGUUUGUUUAGCUGGGGCUGCUAGAUUAGCUGAUAACAAAUAUUCUAGUAUGUUCGCUAGUCAAAUAGUUGAUAUAAACGGGAAAAACAAUUAUAGUUGUGAACGUCCCUUAGCUAAACAAAUAGUGCUGCACUCCAACGAAAAACUUUCCUCUUCAAUGACCGCGCCAUCUAAAUUCAACAAGCAAAAGCAAAUAUUAGACCACAUGGAAGCCAAACUAAAGAAUAGAAAUACAUUAACUAAUGCCUCAAUUGAUGAUAGCAUUAACGAUUUAUCUUGGGAAAAUUGUGAUACAAAAUAUAAAAUGGACAAUAUGGAAAAAAAACUUAACGCACUAUCAAAUAUGGUUCAACAUGCCUUAGUUCGUUCAUCCACUUCUGAUGAAAAUGAAAGAUUAGAAUCGUCAUCAUUAUUGAAAUCCUUGCACGAUAAAACACUAGAAAUUAAGGUGGAUGUAAAAAGUCUCAAACAUUUAACAAAGAUUUAUACUUAUGAUUCGCAAAACUUUAUCCAGCAAACCAAAAACAAGAUGCUGUUAAUUUGCAAAUACGUUCCCCCGUCGGCCUUUUGUAAGCUAUCUAACGCACUUUGUUCUUCCUUAAACUAUUAUGAUUACGAAGGCCUUUUAGUAAUAGAAGAUGCCAGAGAACUGGUCAAAGAAAUCGAAAUUUAUCGACAAGAUAUGUCAAAAUUAGAAAAGAUUUUGAAUGAUAUAGAAAUAUCGAUCGAAGAAUAUAGGAAUGACAUCCUGCAGAAAAGAUCCCAAUUCCAGACGAAUGACAUAGAAUCAAUAUCACUAGCUAUGAACUUCGCCAAUAGGGCCGUCACUGAUUUAAAAAACCGCUACCCGAAAAUGGAACAUUUAAUCAUUGUUGGAAUCGAUUUGAGUCAAAUUUCAUAUGAUGAUAAAAUUUCAUUUAACAAAGAACGACAAAUAUUCUUAAAGAUAGAACCCGAAAAACUACGAAAUUCAUUGAAUAGAUGCAAGAAACUUACAAACAUUUUAGACUCUCUUAAAAAGAUUGUGAAUGCAGAAGAUUCAACCUAUUCAAGACCUCAAAUUAUAAAUAAUCGCCCUAUCAAUAGAUCUCCACCUAAUCAAAGUCUAAAUUCAAUGUGCGAUAGUUUAAAGGAUAAAGUUGGGAGAAGUUGUUAUUCCUCCUCAUCUAAGUCGAAUCAAAAUAUCAAUCUUCCUCCUUCGACUAAGGUUCAGCACAUUAUAAAUGUCAAAAACUUUGAUAGAUAUAUGGAUGAAAAAAAUAAUCAAGAAAAGUCCUAUUACAGUCACUGUGCAACAUCAUCCACCCCGCUCCCGCUUCUAACCCAACCUUGUAACUAUGAGAAUUACGACGCGAACCGUUACGAAACCAUUAAUUACGGGUUUAAACGCGAAAAUAAAAAUAGCGACGAUGGAAGUGGCAGCAGCUAUUGCAAUGAAAAUUCAACAAAUUGUUACAACUCUUCGAACAGUUCGAGUAUUAUAUCAUCUGCUCGUUCUAGUCCUCAUGUUGGUAAAAUGUUAAAUAACGAAGAUAUAGCUAAUAAAGUUUUUAACAACAAAAAUAAACAAGAUGUCAAAAUCGACACAUGCCCAAGCGGGAACAAAGUUGAUCUCUUGAAUCAUAAAACUAAUCCGCAUAAUCGUAAACUAGGAAAUGGAGAUGCCGAGAUCCACGAUAUGGAGAAUAUAACUAACCAACUAGAAGAAUCCAUAAGCCAUUUGUACGAAAUGGGAGGUAACGUUUAUAGAAACAGUAAAGGCCGAAAUUCGUCAUCUAAUCAACGUUACGAUCAACAGGAAUGGAAAUUUGAUUCUAUGCCUCUCGAUUUGAAGGAUUUAAUUCAUGAACCAUACUAUGAGAACUUAAAAUGUGUUGACAAAACCAAUUUUCCUUCACGUCAUAAAAAUUCUUGGCAUCCUAAUUUAUCACAUAAUAAAAAUGUAGACUAUCUCUCUACAUCGUAUAAUAGAAGUACUUCAAGCGGACGCCUUUCAGCUAUGUCUACAAGAUCCGAGCCAUUUACAAAUAAAGGGGACAUGAUCGACAAUGGUUAUAUUAAUGGUAUUAAUUCUGAAGUGGAGUACGUUGGUAAAGGUUUAAACGACUAUGCCUUUUUGGGUUCCUUAGAAUCAAAUGACAAUCAACCCUUACCCCCACCAAGAAAACCUAAAAGUUUAACACUUAGAUCUCCUAUAAUGUCACCCGUUUCUGGCAAUUUAAGUCCAAUUAAAGAGAUGUCGCCUCUGAAUUCCUACAAUAAUUUAUCUGUGUCAGAAAGUAAUUUUAAUGGGGUGAGGUAUGAUAAAGAUAAUAGAAUAAAUGAGUUUCACAGACCCCAGCGUAUCAAUUCAUAUAAUGAUUUGUAUAAAAAUUUGGAUGAAAAUAACAAAAAUUUGAGAGAUGUCCAAUUAUUAAGAGAAAGCUCAGACAAAGGGUCUUCCCCUAAUGUAUACUGUGCAUCAUUAAGACCAAAAACUCCGAUAAAAAAUAAUGAAGUUGAAGAAAUGAUGGCUACAAUUCAUAAUCCAAUAAUUAAGAAUCCAAUAGGUAAAACAACUAUCACAAAUUUACAAAAUAGGAUAAAUCGCAAAUACGAGGAAAAAGUACUUGAUAUUCGACCAAGCGAAGAUCAUGUAUCUAGAACAUAUGAAUAUGUUAAUGAGCAGGAGAAUCCCAAACUGAAUCAUAACAUAGCUUACCAGAGUCAAUCUUGUAUAACAAAUACUCUAAGGGAUAUUUAUGAUGAAAAUCCCUCCACCUUAAAUAAACCAACAAAUCAUAACAAUAAUAAACAGUUUAAAAAUAAGAACGAUGAUGCUGGAAAGCAAAAUGUGGAAGUAAAUAAGGUUAAAAAUUUAAAGCCGAUCAUAAGUUAUAAUGUAUACCCAUCGAAGAAUAAAAAUAUAGAAAUUUCAGUAUCUAAAAACGCACCCUGGGCACCACCCUUGCCUAAUAACUCGGAGAAAGGAUUAUUUAAAAUUAAAGAAAACAUCGUGACUGAUGUUGCACUGACUAAACAAAAUGAUUUACCCGAAAUUAAAAAUGUUCUUAAAAAGGAAAUAUCAUUAUCAAACACCGAAUCCAAAAGCUAUACAAUGCCCAAGAAAGAUUUAAAAGGUACAUACUGGAAAGAAUUCGCCAAUAUUCAAAAGCAAAUAGCAAACGAGGCGGCUCAAGCUAAGCAGAUAAGAAGCGCAGCCUUGAAGAGCAAAGUUGCAAGGUUGGCUAAUAAUUGCCAAUAUAACACCAAUUUUAAUGGCACACUAUUCCUUGCCAAUUCAAGUAUAAUCAAUAGCCAAACCAAGAGUGUAACAGAGUCCAAUUCCAAUCUAAGUCUCAAUUCAGAUGAUACAAAGUCUUACGAUGAUAAUAUGUUGGCGUCAAACAAAUACUUACGAAAUAACGGGUUGCAAAAUCAUUUCGAUAAUUUUAACGACAUGGCCCAGAGCGACACAGAACUAAUAGGAAGGCGUAAAUCUGGAUACCAAGAUCAUACUAUACCCAAUCAUAACGUUAAAAAUGAUCAGCCGAGUCAAUACGAUAAAGGUUAUGAACGCGGAACAAAUAAUCUGUCGGAAUUUUCGGAUAAUGUGCUAGAAAAAGAAUCAAAAAAUUUUGGAGAACCUACUACUAACACGUGUGAAGUCAGAACCAAUUUUAACUCUUGUGAUCAAAUGACGGAGAGCCACGCUAGUUCUCUGCCUUAUAUUAAAGGCGUUAAAAUGGGGACAAUGUGUCACGAUAUAAUCAACAAUCAAUAUUGAAAUAUAAUAUUUUUCAAUAAAUCCUUCACAAUUUUCU